AUGGACAUCAGUGCGUUAUCAUCGGGUUGUCGUCGACGUUUUUCUCGUUCUCCAAUUGAUCGAGGCUGGAGAGAAGGAGCUUGGAAAGCAAGCCGACAUGGCGAGUUUCAAGGACGACUUGGCCUUACAGGAACGAAAAGGCAUGAUCAGUGGCCUUACAAUUGUCAAUACUUUACGGCACAUGUUAUGGAUCCUACAGAAGCCAUAGAUCUGAAUGCUCGAGAUACCGAAUACCUGGAAGGCGAAGAGUUCUGUCCCUACAUCGACUUUGCGGAGUCAGGCCCGGUAAAGGCAUCAUUUCAACUGAAUGACACGGGGCUUUCACAGAUUCGAGACAUGAAUGCUCUACCCUUUUCAGGUACCAGGGUCUUGUUCAUACCUCAGUGGCGGCUCUACAGCACCACUUAUUCAACCAUCCAACUUGGUAUGAAAGAAACAACGUGGACGGACUUGCUAUCAAUCCUCAUGAUCCCGCCGAAUGUUGUUGAGCUGCUUCAUGAGAAUAAUGGAGGCUCAUGGCAGCAUGUCUCUCAUUGCAAUGAUAAUGCAACAGUGCACAGAAACGUCUCUGCUGAUCACACCGGCCCAUGCGCUUACCACAUCUGCUUCAAGACUUCCCAGUUCGAACUGAUGUACGCUCGUCACGACUUCCAUUCAAAGCGAAACCUCAUUCUCAUUAUGGGUGUCAAUCUUCAUCGAGAGAUCGAGCGCCUCACUUCGCAGUUUAAAGGCCUCCCCUCUGUUCACCUGUUUCACAUCCUUCUCGCUGUUCUAGGCACAUGGCUACAGAAAUUAGAACAGUCCCGAUGGUCUCUUGAUUUCUCUGUUCUACAGCUUGAACAGAACACUGGUUUCGGACAGUUGGUUCGCGACGUGGUGCCAUCACCCACUGAGAGAUUGUUUCUCCAGAGGAAUGACACAGCAGGGGCACAAGGCUACAUCAGAUCAGUAGCCCGACAUUCAAUUUGCACAGGAGACUUUUUCGGAGUGCUUGAAGAGGCCUUGUCUAGAUUCCUAGCAUUGCAAGACUGUCAAGACGAUUCGCUGAGACAGCCAAUCCUCGAUGCUCUCGGGCAAUAUCAAAGCCAACAGAGGACCCAAGCUGUUCAGGCUCAUGAUCUAAGCUGGCGCAUAGACACACAGUGGGAUGUGCUCGUUGCAUUAUCCGCAAAACGUGACAGUGACGUGAAUAUCGCCAUGGCACAGGAUGCAAGGACCGACAGUCUGCUUAUGAGGAAAAUGGCAAGCGUUUCAAUUGUGUUUCUGCCUGCAACUUUCCUCGCCACCUUUUUCAGCAUGAUGUUUUUUCGUGUUGAUGAUGCUGGGCAUUUGAAUAUAAGUCAAAACAUCUGGGUCUACUUUGCGUUCACUUCGGCAAUGUCGUUAUUGAUCGGGCUUUAUUUCCGCUUCAGCAGUCGCUGUAGAUCUUUCUUCCACGCAAGAAUAUACCGAUCCCAUCGAUCAGCGAGUUUGGUGAGUGAUGUCGAAAAGAUUGAAGACUCAGCUUGA